AUGGCGAGGUACGCGCUGCUUUCACGUCAAUUACUAGCCGCCAGCCGGCCGUGCGCACGACGCGCCACUGCCGCGCGGUGCUUUGCGACAGCUUCAGAUCAACCGCCGCGAACCUCGUCGUCCAAAGCCCCACCUGUGAAGCUUGUCGAGGUUGGACCCCGCGAUGGGCUGCAGAACGAGCCGAAUCCGAUCUCACUGGCCACGAAGUUGGAGUUGAUUGAGAAGUUGGCGAAGGCGGGCUUGACUACGAUUGAGGCGGGGUCAUUUGUCUCGCCUAAAUGGGUGCCUCAGAUGGACCAUUCCUCCGAAAUCCUCGAACACCUUCUCCAGAAACCCCCCACCGCCCCGAACCCGCUUACCUUUUCCUUCCUCGCGCCCAACAUCAAGGGCCUCAACAACGCCUUCAACGUCCUCGCCAAGAACCCCACCUCCUUUGUUGCGAGCGGCGGGGGUGACGACGGUAGCCCACAACCAACAACCUCCAAACCCGCGGUCGAAAUCGCCGUCUUCGCGGCCGGGACCGAGUCCUUCUCCCAGAAAAACCUCAACUGCUCCAUCGAGACCUCCCUCCAGCGCUUCCGUGAAGUGAUCCAAGCCGCCAAGGAAACCCACGCCCUGCGCGUGCGCGCCUACAUCUCUGUUGUACUCGGCUGCCCCUUCGAAGGGUACGACGUGGACCCGCACCGGAUCGCGCGCAUCGCGACUGACUUGCUAGAGAUGGGCGCCGACGAGAUCGCGCUGGGGGAUACCACGGGCAUGGGCACCGCGCCGCGCACCAAGGAGCUGCUGACGUGUUUGGGGCAGGCGGGUGUGCGGACGGAGGAUGUUGCGAUGCACUUUCAUGAUACGUACGGCCAGGCGCUGGUGAAUACGGCCGUUGCGCUGGAGCAUGGCAUUCGCACGUUUGAUUGCAGCGUGGGUGGGUUGGGUGGUUGCCCAUACUCGCCGGGGGCGACGGGGAAUGUGGCGACGGAGGAUAUGGUGUAUUUUAUGGAGACGCUGGGGAUGGAUACCGGGGUGGAUUUGGACGCCGUGGUGGAUGUUGGGGCGUGGAUUACGAAGGAGAUUGGGAAGGAGAAUGCGAGCACUGUGGGCAAGGCCGUCCUAGGCGCGAGGAAGCGGACGAAGGAAGCGGAGUAA